GCGGAAGAGCUUCCAGGAAGUGACGGCUCCUCCGGAACUGAUUGGUUGUCUGUCCCGCUCUUACGCGUGCGCACUGUCAGCGCGGAGAGACGCCAUGGAGGACCAAGAAGCGCUGGGUUUUGAACACAUGGGGCUGGAUCCCCGCCUCCUGCAGGCUGUCGCCGACUUGGGCUGGUCACAACCUACGCUGAUCCAGGAAAAGGCUAUACCUCUGGCGCUGGAGGGGAAGGACCUCCUGGCCCGCGCCCGCACAGGCUCCGGGAAGACCGCAGCUUAUGCUAUUCCUAUGCUGCAGUUGCUUCUCCACAAGAAGGCGACGGGUCCUGUGAUGGAACAAGCUGUGAGAGGCCUCGUUCUUGUUCCUACUAAGGAGCUGGCGCGGCAGGCGCAGGCCAUGAUGCAGCAGCUGGCUGCCUACUGUGCCCGAGACGUGCGAGUGGCUAAUGUCUCAGCAGCUGAAGACUCGGCCUCCCAGAGAGCCGUGCUGAUGGAGAAGCCCGAUGUGGUGGUGGGGACCCCAUCCCGAGUAUUAAACCACUUGCAGCAGGACAACUUGAAGCUCCGGGACUCCCUGGAGCUGCUGGUGGUAGACGAGGCUGACCUUCUCUUUUCCUUUGGCUUUGAGGACGAACUCAAGAGUCUUGUUUGCCACUUGCCUCGGAUUUACCAGGCCUUCCUCAUGUCAGCCACUUUCAACGAGGAUGUCCAGGCUCUGAAGGAGCUGGUACUACAUAACCCGGUUACCCUCAAGUUACAAGAGUCCCAGCUGCCGGGGCCAGACCAGCUGCAGCAGUUUCAGGUGGUCUGUGAGACUGAAGAAGACAAAUUCUUGCUGCUGUAUGCCCUGCUCAAGCUGUCACUGAUUCGGGGCAAAGCCUUGCUGUUUGUCAACACUCUAGAGAGGGGUUACCGGCUCCGCCUUUUCCUGGAACAGUUCAGCAUUCCCUCCUGCGUGCUCAAUGGAGAACUCCCGCUGCGCUCCAGGUGCCAUAUCAUCUCACAGUUCAACCAGGGCUUCUAUGAUUGUGUCAUAGCAACAGAUGCUGAGAUCCUGGGACCCCCAGUCAAAGGCAAGCGGCGAGGCCGAGGCUCCAAAGGAGACAAGGCCGCUGAUCCAGAGUCAGGUGUGGCCCGGGGCAUAGACUUCCACCACGUGUCUGCUGUACUCAACUUUGAUCUUCCUCCCACUCCAGAAGCCUAUGUUCAUCGAGCUGGCAGGACAGCUCGAGCCAACAACCCAGGCAUAGUUCUGACCUUCGUACUGCCCACAGAACAGUCUUGCUUGGCAAAGAUCGAGGCGCUUCUCAGUGGAGAGGGCGAGGCUCCUAUCCUGCUUCCCUACCAGUUCCGGAUGGAGGAGAUCGAAAGCUUUCGCUAUCGCUGCAGGGAUGCCAUGCGCUCAGUGACUAAACAGGCCAUUCGAGAGGCGAGACUGAAGGAGAUCAAGGAGGAGCUUCUACACUCAGAGAAGCUGAAGACAUACUUUGAAGACAAUCCCAGGGACCUCCAGCUGCUACGCCAUGAUCUGCCCUUGCACCCUGCAGUGGUGAAGCCUCAUCUGGGCAAUGUCCCUGACUACUUGGUUCCUGCUGCUCUUCGUGGCAUUGUGCAUCCUCGAAAGAAACGGAGAAAGCUGCCCCCCUGUAGGAAGGUUAAGAAGGCGAGAACCCAGAACCCACUGCGUGACUUCAAGCACAGGGGAAAGAAACUUAAACCCACAGUGAAGGCCUCCUGAGGUGGCCUGGGCCUGAGGACACUGAAUUGGGCAUCCUGACCUGGAUGGAAUGAGCGGGCUUCCCACUAUGUGGUACACUCUGAUGCUCACUGUCUGGAAAGACUGUACUUUGGAGAAGCAGCCUUGGACUGCCAUCCUGCCCUUUAACAGAAUAAAGAUUCUAGCUGCCCCAGGCUGUGAGCCUCGGACAUCUGAGAAGAGACUGCUUUCACGAGUCUCCAGAAUCGACAAACUAUCAGAAGGUGGUGGUAUCUGGCUCUGUAUGAAGAGGUCAGCUAUGUAAGCCAUGAGAAGCCUGUUCUGAUUCUGCUGGUCCAGUGUUGGGCUGCGGCUGACCCAGAGCCCUGUGACUAUUGAGCCAGAUCAGCUGAUAGAUGGGUUUACAUUCCCAGGUCAGGGCAUUCCUGACCACCAGCCCCUGGAUCUUAGCAGCACACACAUGUUCACAUUCAGAGGGAAACAUCACUGAGCCCUGGGAGCCAAGCAGCUGGCUUCCCUUCCCGGUGUUCAUGUUUUUUCAGAUGCACAAGUGGUAGUAUAAUGAAUGCACACCAUGACACCUGUCAGGGCUUCUGUUGCUGUGAAGAGACUCCAUGACCUCAGCAACUCUUAUAAAGGAAAACAUUUAAUUGGGGCUCAGAGUUUCAGAGAUUUAGCCCCUUGUCGUGGCAGGACAUGGCUACGUGCAGGCAGACAUGGUGCUGGAGAAGGAACUGAGAGUUAUAUGUGUUGAUCCAUAGGCAACCAGACAUGAACUGUGACGUUGAGCAUACGAAACAUCAAAGCCCACCCCUACAGUGACACUUCAUCCAACAAGGCCAUAGCUCCUAUAAUGCCACUCUCUGUGGGGGGCCAUUUUCUUUUAAACCAUCACAACACUCCUUCCUCCUUGUCCUAACCUGAGCACUGACUACAGGAACAUUCAGAGGAGAUGGUUCUCUGCUCGCUCAGCGUCCUACCCUCCCUUUUGCUAUGGUGUCUCUUUGGCUGUCUGCUUGUCACUUGCCUGUCAGGCAUCAUUAGGCUAAGCUGUGGUGGAAGGAGAAGAGACAAAUGUCAAACCUAAAGUGAGGCUUUGGUUAUAGUUAGGGUGUGUGACGUGAGUGACAGAUCUGAGUUUGUGGUUUAACUCCAAGGAAGAAAAGAAUUGGUCAGUGGGUAGAUGUAUUCCGGAGCCUCUGUGCCUACAUGUUUGUACAGCCAUGUGUUUGGUUGUAUUGACCAAGAGUCCUUGGAGCUGGAAAUAAAGAAACUCUGGGGACUGGGAA